GAACGUUCCGCUGAACACCAAACGGAAGUAAAGCGGACCGGAAGUGUCGUUGGUCCAUCUGUGAGUGGCGGCGGGACAGCUGCGUUAGCUACUUAGCUUGUUGAUCGUUUUCAGUGAAUCGCUUCGAUCUGAUGGGCGACAGCGAUGACGAGUUCGACCGGAGGAGGCGGGACAAGUUCAGGAGGGAACGCAGCGACAUGGAGAGGUCCAGGGAGCGGGACGACCGGAGGAGGGACGACUGGCCCGACAGGGACUGGGAUCGCGGCAGAGAGAGGAGGCGGGAAUACGAUCGCGGUCGCAGAGAACGAUUUUCUCCUCCGAGACACAUCAGCCCUCAGCACAAACGGAUGAGGAGAGACUGGGACGACCACCGGGGGGAGCCGUACCGCUACGACCUGCCCUAUGGAGGGGGAGGCGGAGCUCCGUUUCCAGGGGCGGGGCCUCAGGGCUGGCACCCCGACUUCCCCCACCUCCACCCCCACCACGGGGGUCACCCACUGCAGGGCAGGCUGGGGAUGGUGGAUCCAGACCUGCCUCCUCCUGGUCCUCCAACCAUGAGGAGUUUCAAGGAGUUCCUGCUGAACAUGGAGGACAGCGUGGACGAGACGGAGGCCGUGAAGCGCUACAACCAGUACAAGCUGGACUUCAGACGGCAGCAGCUGCAGGACUUCUUCCUCCAGCACAAAGACCAGGAGUGGUUCCGCUCCAAGUACCACCCCGAUGACAUCACGGCCAGGAAGGCGGAGUCUCUGUCCGCCCUCAAAACCCGGCUGGGCGUCUUCCUGUUCCUGCUGGACAACAACUGGCUGGACAACGUGUCGCUGGACAUGGACCACGCCCCCGCCAUCAUCAAGCUGCUGGACGCAGCUGUGAUAAAGAUGGAGGGCGGUACAGACCUGGACCUGCAGGUUCUGGAGGUUCCUGCUGCUGCUCUGGUUGCUGGCAGCGACACCAGCAGUGGUGAGAAGAGUCAGACUGACCUCAGCGGAGGAACUACCGCUCCGACCGGUUCAGAGCCGACGGUGAGUCUGACAGAGCAGAAAACCGGAGACGGGACGGGAGACAAGAAGGACUCUGAGAAGGACUGUGAAGAUGCCAAACGUAACGGUCAGAAGGAGAAAGACGAGGAAGAGGAGGAUGAGGAGGAGAAGAAGGAUGAAGAGGAGGAGGAGGAGAAGCCCUCUAAGAAGGGCAGGAAGAGGAAACGCAGCGUGUCAGCUGACAGCGGCGAGGGCAGCGCCUCCGACUCUGACUCCUCCCACUCUGAGAAGGAGGAAGACGAGGAGAAGGAGGAAGAGGAGGACCGAGGAGAUGAGCGCCGUAAAGAGCGAGGGAAGGAGCGUGAGAAGGAGGCGCCGGCUAAGCCCCGCCCCCUCCACCUCACAACCUCGCUGUUCAUCCGGAGCAUCCCUCCAGAGGUGUCCAAGGAGGAGAUCACUGCUCUGUGCCGCAGGUAUCCAGGCUUCCUGCGGGUGGCGCUGUCGGACCCUCAGCCUGAGAGGAGGUUCUUCAGGCGCUGCUGGGUGACGUUUGACCGCAGCGUGAACAUCAAGGAGACGUGUUGGAACCUGCAGAACAUCCGGCUCAGAGACUGUGAACUGUCCCCGGUGGUCAACAGAGAUCUGUGUCGGCGAGUUCGCAGCGUCAACGGUCUGACGCACCACAAGCCGGUGGUGAGGAACGACAUCCGGCUGUCUGCCCGGCUGGUCCACAGUCUGGACCAGAGGGGGGCGCUGUGGGUCGGACAGAUGGAGACCAACCCCGUCCUGAAGAACAUCACAGAUUACCUGAUAGAGGAGGUCAGUGCUGAGGAGGAGGAGCUGACGGGCGCCGCCGGGGGCAACGGCGAUGACGCUGGCGACUCCAAAGACCCCGCCUCCUCCUCUGAGGUUACCUUGGAGACAGACGACAAGCUGCUGAAGGUUCUGGACCGACUGCUGCUCUACCUGAGGCUGGUUCACUCUGUAGAUUAUUAUAACUUCUGUGAGUAUCCUGCUGAGGAUGAGAUGCCUCAUCGCUGUGGGCUGGUCCACGUACGAGGACCUCUACCUGUAGCCAAGAUCACAGCAACAGAAGUGAGCGAACACCAGAAGAUGUGUGAGGAGCGACUGGCUCCUCUGCUGUCGCCUUCGGAGAAUCUGAGUGAAGAAGAAGCUGCCAGACUGGGAAAGAAAGACCCAGAACAGGAGGUGGAGAAGUUCCUGUCGGCCAACACUCAGGAGCUCAGUAAAGACAAGUGGCUGUGUCCACUGAGUGGGAAGAAGUUCAAGGCUCCAGAGUUCGUACGCAAACACAUCCUGAACAAACACGCCGAGAAGGUCGCCGCCGUCAGACAGGAAGUCGAGUUCUUCAACAACUUCUUGCUGGACGCCAAGAGACCUUCGCUACCCGAAAACAAGCCCCUCCCACCGCCGGCUCAAGCCGCUCCCCCUGGUCUGCCCGGGUUUCCUGGUCAGUCGCCUCAGCAGCAAAGUCUUCUGGGAUAUCCUCCAGGAAUCAGACCUCCAAUGCCCGGCUUCCCAGGUGGUGGACCUCCUCACCCUCCCAACCAGUUCGGGGCUGGACGUGGGAACUACGACGGCUUCAGGGGUCACCUAGGAGGAGGAGGAGGCUUUCCUGGGAAACAGAGGAACACCAGGGGUGUUCGAGGAGACCCUCGGUCCAUCAUCGAGUACAGAGACCUGGACGCCCCCGACGACCUCGACUUCUUCUAAGCUCUGGAAACCGGAGGAUGUUCUUUUUUUACUUUUUUAUUCCUACGUUCGCCCUGAUUCCUCCAUUAUCAGUUAGGACAGAAACUGUAGUGUGUGUGUGUGUGUGUGUGUGUGUGUGUGUGUGUGUGUGUGUGUGUGUGUGUGUGUGUGUGUGUGUGUGUGUGUGUGUCAGCUGGACCAACUAUCAGUUAUUAGUGAUGAUCAUUCGUGACACUUUUCCAAUAAAGACCAACACAGGAGACCA